AUGGCACAGGGAGGUGCCGCCGAUCUUCCGAUACCGGAGGAUGACGAGGACGACGACCUGCAGCAGGAGGGCGAGGCUGCAGACGAAGAAGCGGAAUACGAGCAGCUCCGCCAGUGGAUGCGGCACCGGGCACAUGAUCGCCGCGGAGAACGACCGUCAAGACGGUCAAGGGAGCAGAGCCGCCGAAGGACAGACGAUGACGAGGAUGAUCAAGGCGGUGACUUCAGGACCAACGCAGGUCCACCGCCACCGUGGGACGGAACCGAGUACCCGUUUGAGGAUUUCAAGCAUCUUGCAAAGAAUCCGAAGUGGCUGAACGACCCAACGAAUGCCGAGACCCUGCUCCAGCAGAUGGAUGCUCCGGAGUACUACGGUGACGACCAGGAGGAGCACCUCUUGGCUUCAUUGUCAAGGAUCACCUACCACCUUAAGCGCCAAAGGACUGAGAAUGCCCGCCAGUUCUUGGCCCGGUGGGAGGCGGCCGAACGGAAGGUGCAAGAGCACCGAGUCAAUCUUCCUUCGAUUUACAAAGGUUUUCUGCUGAUCAAUGCUUUGGGCUUAGCGGAGGCUGACAUCAAGGCCUUGUUGAACUUCACUCAGGGCUCGAUCGAGCCCAAGGAUGUCAAACACUGGCUGAGGAAGCAUGAGGCCAAGCUGCAAGCCAACCAACUCGGCAAUGAGACCGGGACUAAGAGCGGCAAGCCCACCAACUCGGCAGUUCACCUGAUCGAAGAUGAAGACGACCUCGACGAGGACGAGACCGUCGUCGACCGGGAUGGCGAGGAACUAGAGGCCAUGGAGACAAUGUUGGCGGACUUGCUCGAUGAGCAGGUCCCUGACACAGGGAUCUUUGAGGAGCAGGAAGCUGCCGAGAUCCUUGCUAUGAUGAUUAAGGAGAAGAAGAAGACCUACACCCAGUCUGCUCAGCUGAAGAAAGAUCGUGAACUCGGCCGCGGCUACCGCCAGGGAGCAGCUAGUUCAAGCGGCCGACAGGCGCAAGGGCCAAUUCGGCCCGGCAUGUACCGACUAUCGAUCGCUGAGUUGAAGCAGCGCACCCGCUGCCAGAAGUGCGGGCGCAUCGGGCAUUGGAAGCGUGAAUGCCCAGGGUCUUCGAACGCCUCCCAGACCACUGGCCAGAAGGAGACCCACCUCCUUGAGGUGGACGUCGAUGACUAUGACGAUGCCAUGUUCUGCCAUCUCCUCGAGAUCAUCCCCGAUGACACAGCUGACCCACGGUCGGACAUGACCACGGGCCAGAUUUUGAAUCAGGAGGGUCACAGUGCGAAGGCUCCGUUCUUGAUCUCGUUGAAGUUUCUUUUGCAGGGUGAUGCUGUGAUCAGCCUGGUUGAUGGGAAACUGAUGCUUAUCUUAAGAAAGCAUGCCGCCAGGAUACCGUUGUGCAUCGGACCGACAGGAGCACUCCGAAUUCCCCUGAACCACUUCAAUGCCAAGAUGCUCCGGUCCCUGAGGGAAGCAGAACAACGUUUGCAGCACAGUGCCCAUCAUGAGUUUGAGAUUCUGUCGCUGGGUGACCCCCGGUCUGCCAUGGACUGCUCGUCGCCGACCAACAAGCGAGCACGCCCCGAGAAGGACGACCCGGCGCGGACGGCCAGGGCUCUGGAUGCCUGGCGCAACCUCUUGCUGAGGGUCUGCGUGAUCUUUCGGCCGCUGAUCCAGCUCAUGGUCAACUUGGUCGGCAACUCCCUCGACCGAUCCUACCAGCAUGUGAAGCUCAAUGUCAAGGAGUUCCACCUCGCGCGCCUGGAGGAGCUCAAGCUCACGAUCGACGAGGCGAUCAAGGACAAGACCAACGAGGACCGGGAACUCUUCAAGAAGUUCCAGCACUGGCGCCGCGAUCAACCCGGAAGCUCAAAGAAGGAGGCCACCGAGUGCGAUUUCGAGAUGGUGGAGAAGGCGAGCUCCUCGUCGGCCAUGCAGGUGGCGUCCAUUUCGGAGUACACCCACUGGAACGGGGUGACGGGGAGCCGAGGACGGCGCCUCUCAACGGCCUCGAAGACACCGACGGCAACUUCGACGAUGACCAUGGACGACGCCAAGGUGACGGACAAGAUGAAGCAGCAGGAGAUCUUCACCUUCGGCGCGGAGCUCCUGGGGAACGAGCUGCCGGUGUGUCACUGCAACAUGGUUUGCAAAAUGGAGCUCAGCAUGACCCAGGCGAGCUACCAACGGGUGUUUGUCAACUGUCGUGCCAAGCGCGAGCAGGACCAAUGCAGUGUGUUCCAGUGGUGUCCCCGCCAACCACUACUGGACGAGGAUUUCAAGGAGACAAGGGACCGCAUCCUGAAGAGCUUGAAGGUGGAUCACACCCCCCGGGAGUUCUUGGUACGCAUCAUCCAGGACCUGUGUGGACAUCAGGCCACGAUCCAGUCCGGGUCGAAUGCCUUCGUGACCCGGGUGCGCUGCCGCACAUGUCACAAGCUGCUGAGCGUCGAGCCGAAGACCAAUCCUGCGGCCAGUCCGACCGAGGUGAACUACAGCCCCAGCAAGAUCAGCGAGGCCAGCGAGAGCAGCCACCAGGCGGACUACCAGGAGGCCCACCGACAGAUGUCUACGGCGUUCGAGCUGAUGCAGAUUGACUCCCAAGACAUCCCGGACGCCCGGGAGUUCUUGCGAGCACUCACUCAUGCUCUGCAGUCACAAGUCACAUGUCUUGUCAUCGUUGUUCCGGCCUUGGAUGCCUCUCUGGCUGACAUGUCGCAGAUUCAGAAGCUUGUGAAACAGGGAACCCAGAAGGCUGCUCAGGUGCUAGGAGAUGUUGUGUUGCUCCAAGAGAGGACGGCAACUAACCUGGCCGAGCUCGGUGUUGAUCUGCCAUACCGCAGCUGUUGUGAGGACAUGAGUGUUGCCGCCACGUGGGAGGACGAGUCCGAUUACCUGAUCCACACGAUGGUGAAGACCAAGAGGCCAGCGAUCCUGAAGAUCAACCAGUACCUGAUCCACCGGAAGACGGAGGCCUACCACGUGAUGGAGGCGCAGGACCAGUUCGAUUACCUGAUCCACCGCAAGGUGAAGGCCAAGAGACGAGCGAUCCUGGAGUUCAACCAGUACCUGAUCCACCGGAAGACGGAGCGCUUCAUCCGCAUCCUGAAGACCGCAAAGGCAUCGGAGGACGUGAUCAAGAUCGCUCAGAGGGCGGCACCACCGCGCGAGUUCGGGAUCAACGAAACUAUUGGCAUGGACACUGUUUGGUUGCCUACAGUGGGGCAGAAGCGGAAGAAGAUCGCCCUGAACAUCAUCGACUACGCCUCCCACUUCCAAAUGAUCAUCCCUUUGAAAGGACGAAGCCCAGAAGCAGUUUGGAGUGCCUACCGACAGUGGGUCCGAUUCUUCGGGCCACCGAAACAAGUCUGGGCCGACCAAGGAGGUGAGUUCAAGGGCAGCUUCCGACUCAGGACCGCCCAGGAGGGCGCCCACAUGGAUCCCAGCAGCGUGGAAUCUCCCUUCCAACGGGGACUCGCUGAGCGACAUGGACGGACUUUCAAAAUGCUCCUGGAAAAGGUGAUGGCGGACUAUAACUGCUCCAGCCUCUCGGAAUGGAGCGAGCUUGUGGACACGGCGGUGAUGAUGAAGAACCGCCUGGCGUCACGAGGCGGCUAUUCACCUAUCCAACGGGUGAUGGGGUAUGUUCCCCGGCUGCCUGGUGGACUACUUUCGGAAGGCCACGACGACGCCGAAGCGGGAGAAGAACUACGACUGGGUGACGGAGGAGUGGUUCGUGCGAUGAAUAUGAGGAAGGCAGCAGCCAAGGCCUUCUUCGAAGUGGACUGCGACCAGGCCCUAAGGAAUGUCAUCGCUGGCGGCCCUUGCCCGCAGCAGGACUACGUGGUCGGCCAGAUGGUCUACUUCUACCGAUUGGGGCACUCCAAGAAAGGCGACCGACCUCAUCAGAGAUGGCACGGGCCGGCCCGAGUCAUUAUGACGGACAUGCCAUCAACGGUGUGGCUCAGCUACCAGGGAAACCUCGUCAAGGCAUCGCCUGAGCGCAUCCGUCCAGGAAGCAUCGAGGAGAACCUGUCGGUGACAGGCUGGUUGGACGGCUUGACCAAGGCCAAGGAGGAGUUCGAGAAGGAACCGAAGCGUGGCUACAUCGACCUCUGCAAGGAGCCUGUACCCGAGUACCAGGACACGAUUGAGUACGAGCCGGACGAGGAGGACGUUGGGAUGGAUUUGGAGCCAGCGGUCAAUGUGGACCGUCGCCGCAUCCGGCAGAAGACGAGCCUUGAUGUGCUACGAGCACGGGCGACUGCGGAACCAGAACUACGACCCGAGCCAGCAGUCGACCACUCUCACGGAGGCGCCAUCCGGGCGGACACGACCAUGGGAAUCUGGGAGCGCCUACCUGGACCCGCUCCACCGGACGAGAACGGCGAACCUCCAGCGGAACCCGAGGUUCUCGACGACGAAGACCCGGCCAAGAGGUCGCGGACGCAUCUCCUCGAGAUCUACUACGCCAAGCUCGAGACGCUGUUCAAAACACGACAGCGGAAGGAGAUCCGGCUGAAGGCCACCGAGAAGGAGAUCAACAACAACCUCGAGACCAAGGCCUACGAGAAGCUGGAUGUGGAGACCAGCGAGCGAAUCCGACGGGAAAAGCCCGACCGGAUCAUGGAGUCCAGAUAUGUUCGUACGGCAAAGCCGCUCGAACAUGAUGAUGUCGAUAAGGCCCAGUGUGAGGGAACUCUUUUGCACGGCGAGCACGGCGGUCCAUGCAAGGCAAAGGUUCGACAUGUCAUGAAGGGGUUCUCGGAAGAAGGGGCUGAAGACUUAGAGUCGGCGACUCCUCAAGUGACCAGGGAAGGGGUGAUGUUCACGGCCCAGGAACUUGGCUAUGUCCAAAGCCUUGCGGACCCUUGCGUCUAUUUUCUUCAUGAUGACAACAAGACCGGCUGGGAUAAGCUAGUCGGCAUUGUGUCAGUUGCUACCGAUGACAUGCUUCAUGGUGGCGAUGAGACUCAUCAGGCCAAGAUGCAGCUGUUGAACCAGAAGUACAAACUCGGCAAAUUCCAGUAUGGUAGUGGCAGGUUCACGGGAAAACAGUUUACCCCUCAGGAAGAUGGUAGCAUCCUGGUUGAUCAGUUUCACUACGUCGCUGAUAAGGUUCACAAGAUCCCACUUAGCAGGACCCGGAAAGGCCAGAGAUAUUCCUACUGCGACGAACAAGAAGUUGGCUUGCUAAGAUCGCUUGUUGGCGCCUUGGCAUGGCUUGCUAAGGAGACACGACCGGAUUUGUGUGGCCGGGUGUCACUGUUGCAACAGCAGUUUCCUAAGCCUAGGAUCCGUGACAUCAUCAACGCAAAUCAAUUGGCCUCAGAAGCCGAAAAGUUCCCAGUUGGUAUCCGUAUCUCCCCGAUACCGAUAGCCAGGCUCCGGAUUAGCGCUGUAACGGAUGCAUCCUGGGGCAAUGCCGAGGGUACUGGAUCAACCGAAGAUUCGGGACGGGAUUUUUGGAUUGAGACCCAAGACCAUUGGAUUCGGAAACAUGUCCAACCCCGACGGACCCUGUUUCAUCCCGGAAUGGUUGAUAAUGGCCCCGACUUGCAUACGAUCGAGGCGUCCCGAACCACGUAUUUCAACCAGGACAAUCAAGAAAGUAAGCAAGCGGACACCUGGAACGGGAAUCAAGACAGUUUGGUGGCUGGUUCUGCCUGGACUGGUCAAACUGUGUUUGUUAAAAGCACCAAGGGCCUUGAUCAUACUGAGAUUUCAGAGAAGUUUCUUCAGAAUCGGCGUACCAGUAGCCAGGGAGGGCAUUUGCUGAUCUUUCAUGAUCAGGAUUUGCAGUAUGAGCCGUCGGCCGCCGUGACCAUUUCCAGCUGGAAAAGCUACAAACUUAAACGGAAGGUUGUGAACACCUUGUCGGCCGAGUGUCAGGCCCUCGCCAGCGGCGUCGGAAAUGUUCAUUGGCACAGGUUCUUGCUUCUUGAAGCUCAAGGAGGCGAGUUCACCGAUCAGGACUGGGAACGGUCAUUGGCUAAGAUUCCUUACUUGGCGGUUACCGAUUCGAAGUCUUUGUACGACUCUUUGUCCAAGCAAACCUGCCCCUACAGUCAGAUCGAUGACAAAAGAACGGCCAUAGACAUUUCGAUCAUCAAGAACGAGCUUGCUCACGGAGGUACCAUUAGGUGGAUUGAUGGUCGCAAUAUGAUUUCUGACUCCUUGACCAAAAGCACUGGCAGUAGCUUCCUUCGUCAUAUGAUGUCAAAGGGAAGAUGGACACUCAACGAGCUCGGAUUUGAUACCAUCCAGACCGACCUGGAUUCCUCAAAGGACAAGUUCCAGGCGGCCAUCAAAGAUGUGCAGGAGAAGAUGGAUGCGGAACUGGAGGUUCGGCAAGGCUUCCUGAAAGAGAACGAUGACCUCCGAGGCAAGCUUCAAAAGUUCAACGAGACGUACGAAACGCAGGAAGCUCAACUUGCUGAGCAGCAGGAGAACCGCAACAAGGAGAUGCAGGCGGCCCAAGAGCGAUUGACCGAGAACGAGGCCAUGUGCGCGGCUUCCAAGGUGAAUGCUUCACAGCUGGAGAAGCAGAACGAGGGGCUGAAGAAGACGCAGACCACGCUGCAGAACGAUCUUCAGGGCAUCCUCAAGAAAUUCGAUGAGUUCUCCACACAAGUCACCGGCUCCAACAAGCGCCACAGCGAGUGCAAGGAAGAAAUCGACUCUCUGCAGUCGCACAUGGAGGAGCUGGAGAAGGAGAACGUCGAUUUGCGAAACAGCGCACGCCUCGCCGAGCUCAGCUCCGAACAGCAGGUCAUGCAAAAGCAACGGGAUGCCCUGGAGAAGCUGUGCGACAACCUGCACAAGGCUCCGCAGUUCAUGAGCGCCUUUUUAGAGAUGACUCGGAUUGGCAGUCCUAUGCUGGCCCUGUCCUCGAAGCUACUUGCAUUUGUGCAGCCAAGGUGGAAGAAGAUGAUCAAGCCUGAAUUGCAACUGGUUUCAGCACGCGCCAGAAGGAAGAUUCUGCGUGCGCAGCAUCUGGACAAGCAUUUCCUCCGUGGCCAGGAGGGUUGUCGCAACAAGUACAAUUGUUUCAUGGCAUCCAUGGCCAUCCGACAUCCUCUGACCUUGCCGCAUCGCCGGAACAAAUACGACGAGUCAUGCGUCGCCGCGUUCUAUGAGGGCCAGUAUCUGCAGAUCACGUUGAACGUUGAGGAGUUCUGGGCAGGCUGGGGGCGCGCAGGCCCGCCACCUCCAAUGGCGGAUUCGUUUGGUCUGUGCAUCCCACGAAAAGUCUGCAGCGAAGAUCUGGUGAAAUGGUUACUACUUCCUGUGUAUUCGUUGUACGUCCAGACCGGCGAUCCUGCAUUAGUGGAUCACGAAGUUACCCUCAGCGAGGCGACAGUCCUCCAGAGUUUGCGGGAAGAACCGCCAGGAUCAAUUACGAUCAAGUCAGGGGUUGAACUUGAAGAGACGAUCCACAACCUGGCCACGAAAGAGCUGGAGGCUGCACUGCCGACUCCCCCAUCGCACGUGACAGGUGCUGCCUGCAUUGUCGGUCAUCUCCGCACUUUGGGCAAUCCUGUAGUGUAUGAGAACCUCCGACAAAAUGCGCUGGACUCCUUGCGCUUCUCUGAACUCCGGACGAUUCUCGUCACCGAGUUUGGCAACAGCGUGCCUGAGAAUGUGUCCGCAAGUUUGGCAGCGGAGCUCAGGAGCAAAAACCCCACACGCCGCUGGACGGAGGUUGCACACGCACUCGAAACCAUCGCGCCGGACGUGAUCCUGAACGUCGCGGUGGCUGAAGAAGGAGAUCCGCCCGAUCGGAAAUGCUCGGACACGUACCCACGCUCAUGCAAUGCGCAGUGGAAGAGGCUGGAGCUGUGUAUGGCGCAUGUCCUGACUAUGGAGCAGCAGCAGGGAAAACCUUUCGACUGGGUCAUUCGUCUGCGUCCAGACAUGCACUUCAGUGUGCCUUUGGGUGACAUUCGAAUCUACGAUCCGGACCACGUGCACCUGCCCGUCGGAAGCUGGACAGACCCGCACGAUACCUUUGCGCUCCUUCCGCGGCGGUUUGCACCGAUCUACUUCAGCACGCGGCAAUAUGGUGGCACUGAGUACUGCUGGGUCUCGCCGAGGGAAGUGAGGUCUGACGACUGCUGCCAUCGUCUGAAGCUGCAGCUCGAGAAGCACCAGGUGCCAGUCAAGCGUUUUGCCCACGAACUGGUUUCCUCGCGCUACCUUGUGCGGCCAGACACCUUUGUCGAACCGACGGAGUGGAGGGUUGGCCGGCGAUGA